AUGCACAACAACAGCGAAGAAGAAAUGGCACCACAACAACGAAAGAGUUUCUGUACUCGUUGUCCUGCGACUCCCGCGAAGAGCAAUCGUUUCGACAGUCCUUUCAGAAGUCCCUAUGCUCCUGCAACAUUUCCAUAUUAUGCGUCCCAUCCGUCUUUCCGCUAUAGAUCAUCUUAUCAACAAAAACGACCUUACAUCAGUUUAUCCGCUCCGGCUUAUUCAGUAAGCAGUCUCACCAACGCCCAACAUUGUCCAAAUUGGCUUGGUCCAUCGAGAGCAUUCUCGCCAUAUAUCUAUAAAAAUCCACAAAACAUGAUACAAGAAUGUGGUGAUUCUUUCACAACUACUCCCAGCUACAGGCGUCACAAUAAUAACUCAAGAACGGCAUGUCUUGCUGAACAGUUUGAUGUCAAUGAUUAUGUGAUACCGGCUAUGACAUCUAAUCCGUGGGCGAAGUUAGAAGAAUUUUAUGCUAAUCGUCGAUUUGAUGAAAAAUGA